AUAAAGUAAUGUUUAAAACGAUGAUCUCCUUGACGAGACCCCAGACGGCGGUCUGUGGCGCAUACUUAGUUAACAGAUGUGCCAUACACACGCGCACAAAGGCACGAAUUUCGCCUCCACCGACGAUAAAAUCCUCGCAAACUAACUACGGCAACACUAUCACCCCGUUUGGAUGGGGGCUCCUGAUUAUUCCAGCGACCGCGUUCGGUCUGGGCUGCUGGCAAGUUUAUCGAAAGCAGUGGAAGGAAAACCUGAUACGGGAACUGGAGCGUAAAAUUCAUAUGCAACCCGUCCCAAUACCGGAUAACUUAGAUGACCUGAACAGUAUGGAGUACGAGACGGUAACGGUCCGUGGGAAGUUCCUGCACGAUCAGGAACUGCACUUGGGCCCGAGAGGCUGCCUUCAGCAUGGUGAUAGUAAAACGGCCGGUGGACUGUUCUCCCAGAGGGAAGCUUCGAUAGGCUAUCUGGUGAUAACACCUUUCAAGCUGGAAGGGCGCGAUGAUAAAAUUCUCGUCAACCGUGGCUGGGUACCGAAACGGUUUCUCGAUCCGAAAACACGCCCCGAGGGUCAGAUUGCUGGCACGGUCGAGCUGGACGGCGUGGUUCGGUUGCCCGAAAAUCGACCCCAGUUUACACCCCAGCAGCGGGGUGCCAUUUUCCUGUUCCGAGAUGUGCCGAAAAUGGCCGAAGUGCGCGGCACCGAACCGUACUUUAUCGAUGCGACGGCCGCAUCGACCGUGGCGAAUGGGCCGGUCGGUGGGCAGACGCGCGUCACGCUCCGGAACGAGCACUUGUCGUACAUCGUGACCUGGUUCAGCCUGUCCGGAUUCACCACCUGGUUAUGGUUCCGGCAGGUCGUGAGGGGCAAGUCCUUCUAGUCCGACGCGAUACG